GCCUCGCCCCGAGCUUCGCCCCAAGUCCAUCUCGCUCUUCAUCCGACUACCCCAUACCCUUACUUCCGCCCCAACCUGCCAGCUGGGACCUAGGAUCUUACACUCUAUGCCCACGCUUAUUCUGCCUGACUAAAAAUAUGGUAGCAAAUUACCAAAGUUAGAAAGAUAUCUUAUAAAUAUAAUCCGUACUUUUUUCUUAGAUAUAUAAACGCAAAAGCACAAGAUAUUUGUAAUUUAAAAGCGCUACCUAGCAUGAGUUCUUAGGGCCAAUUUUCAGGCAGUGCGUUGGAUAGCAACAACUUCGGAGGUCCCCAGUUUGCAGAGGGAGACGUGGAAGUGAGUGGAGCGGGGCGGUCACCAGCACAGUAGAGGAAGUCGUGCUACCCCGCGGAGUUGUGGUGUGUUCUAGAUUCAUUCCGGCACCACCAUGUCGAAGGUUUCCUUUAAGAUCACGCUGACGUCGGACCCACGGCUGCCGUACAAAGUACUCAGUGUUCCUGAAAGUACACCUUUCACAGCAGUCUUAAAGUUUGCAGCAGAAGAAUUUAAAGUUCCUGCUGCAACAAGUGCAAUUAUUACCAAUGAUGGAAUAGGAAUAAAUCCUGCACAGACUGCUGGAAAUGUUUUUCUAAAACAUGGUUCAGAACUGCGGAUUAUUCCUAGAGAUCGUGUUGGAAGUUGUUAAUAUCUGCUACUUGGAACAUACGAUUGCCUUUCAGAAUAAAUAUUGGUAUUUUUUGUUGUUGUAAAAUUGAAAUCAGGCAUUUAACAUACUAUGAAAACACCAGGAGUCAAUGAAUAAUGAAAGGUGACUCAUCUGUCCCUUUUUGUUGUCAAACUCUUCCUAUGAAGAGGGAAUGCAUAUGAAUUAAGGCUACUACCGUCACAGAAGAUCAUAGUCUUUGAUGCUACCUCACAACACAAACAGGUAGUUCGUUGGGGGCAAAUGAAUUAGCCAACUGUUAACUGGAAGCUUUUGAUAAUUUUUUUUUUUUAGAACAAUUUGGAACAUUAAAAUUUACUGAAUCAUAUAUAUUCGUCUGAGUUAAAAAUAUAAAAAGAAUUAAGGACCCUGGAUGUCAAUUUGCUUGAUAGCAUCUGAUUUGCAGACUCAUAAUUUGAUUUUUAAUUAAAUAUAUAGGUUAUGAUGAAGUGAAUAGACAUAUCAGUGAACAGUUAACUAUAUUAAAUUUUUAUCAUUUACUUUUCUUAAGAUUCAGACCUCAGUUACAUAAAUUUCAGUUGAAUAUCAACCAAAAAAUUAAAUUUUAAUCUAACCCUUAUGUGUAUAAAUUGAUAUCCCAUACCAGCUUUUAAUGGUGGACCUAUAGAAUCCAGUACUUUUAAGUUGGGAAUUUACAAUACAGUAGAAGCAUCCUUUGCUGAGUUAUACAUUCCUUUAUCAAUCUCUUUUGAUACAACAUUUAAAACAAGUAGCUUCAAGAAACCACUGGUGUUUUGAGGAUAAUAUUUCUAAAUUGCAUUCAGGAACAGUAUUGCACAGAUCUGAAGAUCAAAAUAAAGCUCAAGGAAAUACAGAUUGGAAGUGCUGAUGUGUUAUAUUUAUUGAAAACCCAAUUUUUAAGUAAGUGCUAAGACCAGUCACCCAUGUCAAUAAGAAGCCAGGAAAGGAUAGAUGGGGAAGCCCAGAUCACCAGGCUUCUGUUAAGGAGGAAAGCAACAGAGGAAAACAGUGAAGGGGAACAGAAAGAGGUAGCAAAGUGUUACAGAAAAGCCAACUGGAUAGACAAAACUGCAGAAGGUGUAUGUUGGGGAGAACUGAAAGGGAAAACAAAAUACUUGACAUAGUCUGAAGUAGAAGAAGGCAAUUAGAGAAAACAAAGUAUCCAAAGUAUCUACUGGCCUUGUCAACAUACAGACUUCAAAAUAGCCCUUAUGAGAAUCCAAAGAAUGAUGUGUGUAAGGGAAGAUUUUAUUUGCCCUUCCAGAAGAAAUCAGUACCUAUGCAAAUCUUGAAAGAUGAAAUCAAAGCUCAAUGAUUCAGAAUCAGUGCUUGACCUCCUGUAUUCUGAAUGGUGAACUCUGGAAGCAGGGAUUGUGUCUGUCUGGUUUUUUUUAGAGCUGGAAAUGUAGUGGCUUUCAUUAAAUACUUGCUGUAAAGUCUUUCUAAGACCAAUUAUUAUCUUAGCAUGUUUCAGUAUCUUCUCUAUCAUAGGCCCUAAGUUCUUUGGGGGAAAAAAAUAAGAAAAUUCAACAGAAUCAGCAUUUGAAGUGUGCUAUUGGUAGUUUAUGAAAUUACCAGAUAUUCAUAAAUGUGACAAAUGAACAGCAGGAUUAUGAAUUAUCAAAGGAAAAGAUAUUUGCUGAGGUGAAAAAAUCUGAUGUUUGAGGAAGUUUUUAUUUUUAUUUAUUUAUUUAUUUUUUUUGAGGCGGACUCUCACUCUGUCACCAGGCUUCUCCUGCCUCAGCCUCCCGAGUAGCUGGGACUACAGGCAUGCACCACCACGCCCAGCUAAUUUUUGUAUUUUUAGCAGAGACAGGGAGGAAGUUUUUAUUUUUAUAAACAAAAUCUGAUGUUCAGAGGCCCCGUUUCUUACAAUAAAUGUUGAGUCUCAGUUAAGCAGGAAUUUAUGAACACCCAUUUCCUGACUUUUUGCUUUAAUUUAGAUUUUUCUCCACUCUGUUUCUAGCACAAAAAUUUGCCUGCUGUGUUACAAAAAUAAAUUCAUGUUGUCUUGUGCCAUAAAGUGAUAUAUUUAAUAUUUUUGUUCUUUGGUUUUGAACAUUGUAAGUUCCUAAAAACAUUUUAUUAAACAACUAGACAUUUUGUUAUUAAAUAAAUGUGAUCUGUAAUUUCUUUGUGCAGAAUGAUUUUAAGUAUUGUAUUUAGUUUACAUGCGUUAUUGGUUCAUAAUUAAUAUCUAAUGAAAAUACAUUUUGUUAUAUUGUAAA